GUUCCGACAGAACACAGGCACAAUUCAUUAAUGAAACUUCGCUCCGCGUCAGACAACCGCAGAGUUUUUAGGGAGAGCUUUAACAAUUGGCCUGCAGACAGUGCAAGCAGUACCGAAUUACGAAUGUCAACAGACAUCUUGAGGAUUAACAUUCUUUGAAAAGGACUAACACGGGAUAAAAUAAACAGUGGAUUGAAGUGCUGAAAUGCUACUUUGCGCCGUGUUCCUGAGGAUUGUUGAAAGAAAAGAAGCAGGACGUAUAUCCCCCAAAAUUAAGGGCAUUUGAAGAAAGUGAAUAGGGCAUAACAGAAUUUUUUUCCCCCUUUUCUUUUUUUUUUUUUUUUUUUUUUUUUAAGUUAAAUACAGUAGGCUAAUUACAAAUAUUUUAACAAUCUACGGUACCAUAGUGGUCUUCUGGGGUCUGUUAGAAUCCAAUACGUUUUUAGUAGCCAUCUCAAACGUUUCGAAACAUUUUCUAAGAAAGGACCCUUUAGACAUGGAGGUUGCGGCCGAUCAGUCUCGAUGGAUGGCCCAUCAUCAUGCGGUACUCAACAGCCAGCACCCAGAGUCCCAUCACCACGGGCUUACACACAAUUACAUGGAGCCCAUGGCGCCUCUUCUGCCCCCGGACGAGGUGGAUGUGUUCUUGAAUCACUUGGACUCGCAGGGCAACCCCUACUACUCCAACUCUCGGGCUAGAGUCUCUUACGGACAAGCGCACGCUCGUCUCACGGGAAGUCAGGUCUGCCGGCCACACCUCAUACACAGUCCCGGUAUCCCGUGGCUGGACAGCGGGAAGGCAGCGCUCUCCGCCGCCCACCACAACGCCUGGGCGGUCAGUCACUUCAGCAAGCCCGGCCUACACCACGCUAGCGCCGGUUAUCCGUGCAGCAGCAGCUCCAGCACCGCUCCCGUUUCCUCCCUCACAUCCGCAACCCACUCUAGUCCGCAUCCCCUCUAUAAUUUCCCCCCAACCCCUCCGAAAGACGUCUCACCCGACCCUGGUCCUUCUUCCCCGACAUCCACCACUACAAGAAUGGACGAAAAGGAGUCCAUUAAGUACCAUGUGUCCAUAGCUGAUGGGAUGAAAAUGGAGGGAUGUAGCCCUCUCCGGGGAAGCCUUGCAAUGAGUGCCCAAACACAGUCCACGCAUCAUCCCAUCCCAACCUACCCGACAUACUCUCUACCCACGCCGCACGAGUACGGCGGCGGUCUGUUUCACCCGGGUACACUCCUCAGUGGAUCAGCUUCCAGUUUCGCACCUAAAUGUAAAAGCAAGACACGAUCGUGCUCAGAGGGGCGUGAGUGUGUGAACUGCGGAGCCACCUCCACCCCACUGUGGCGGCGGGAUGGAACGGGCCACUACCUCUGCAACGCGUGUGGCUUGUAUCACAAGAUGAACGGCCAGAACCGGCCCCUCAUCAAGCCAAAGCGCAGACUGUCUGCUGCAAGGCGAGCCGGCACCUGCUGCGCGAACUGCCAGACAACCACGACCACACUGUGGCGGCGCAACGGGAACGGUGACCCGGUGUGCAACGCCUGCGGGCUCUACUACAAACUUCACAACGUCAACAGACCACUGACCAUGAAAAAAGAGGGCAUCCAAACACGCAACCGCAAGAUGUCCAGCAAGUCCAAGAGGAGUAAGCGAUCCGGCGAGGGUUUCGAAGAGUUUUCCAAGUGCAUGCAGGACAAGACCUCUCCGUUUGGCAGUGCCAGUGCUCUGGCAAGCCACAUGCCACAUAUGGGCCACCUGCCACCUUUCAGCCAUUCCGGGCACAUGCUGCCCACACCGACUCCCAUACACCCAACGUUCGGUCACCCUCACCAUUCCACCCGCUCUCCUGCCUGGGCUGAACCUCACUGAAGUCCCACAUUCUCACAGCAUCCCCUCUACAGAGGCCUUGCAUUAGCUUCUCCAUACCGAACAUCCCCAUGCACCCCCUGUCAAGAAAUCUUCCACAUGGCGAGGGAUGCGAAGAGGUUUGCAUUGGGUUAGUUCCUGGUUGGACACUGCUGAGGAAGGUGUCAUCACAUCAACGACCACGUCAACUUGUAUAGAGGACGGUUUUGCGCAUUUAAAAACACCUCUUCUUCUAAUGGCUCACAAGAUGCUGAGGAUGUUCACAGAUAGAGCAGAGAGUGAGAGAGAGCUUUGUUUGCUUUUAGCUUCUCACGUUGGUACUGUCCUGAAAGAGAGGAUGUGUUUUUACAGAAUCAUUGUGUGGCAGUUCCAUUGAGGACAGUCAUUUCUGGACUUCUUAGAUUUGGCUCUCUGCAAGGACUCACUCUUACUGACUGUGUACAUGAAGAGUCAAGAGAGAGAGAGAGAGAGAGAGAGAGAACAUUAACUUUAUCCCCCUAACAUGCUGGAAUACACCCCCUUGGGCAUGACUGCCACUGAAUGGACUCUAUGGAUACGACUUAAAAACAAACAAAUGUUUAUAAAGGUUAAUUGUUAUUAUCGUUAUUGUUAUAAUUGUUAUUAUGAUAAUUUAUUUUCACUCUAUCUCUUUUUUCGCUUUCCUCAGAGCACAUUGUUAUAUUAUAAAUAUUAUUUGAUUGUUAUUGAUGAAAAUGAGCUGUACGUUUUUAUCAUUUUCCAUUACACAAAUAAAGGAAAUAAAGUUUUAAUACUUAAUA